ACUGCUCCUCUGAUAUUUCCCUGACGACCAUAUAAAGCAUCCUCUUGGAUAUAUUAUUUUUCUCUUAAAGUAAGAUUUUAGCGUUAUUAUCAUUAUCAACAAGGGUAAUUAUACAGCUAGUGAUGUACGACACAACCAUUAACAAAUCAACAAACAGUAACAUCAAUGCGGGGGAAAUAAUAACUAUUAAAAUUUUCUCACUUAUAUGUUUACAACCAUAGUCUGUUAUCUUGAAGGUUUUCAACAAAAUCAAAAUGGUUAAGAAAAAGACAAGGAAGGGAUCAUCGAGAAAGUUGAAUAAAAUGUCAGAAGAAGAUCGAAUUCUGGUUUUAGAGCAACAAAGAUUAGCAGAGGAAGAAAUGAGAAAGAAAAAAGAAAACGAUUUAGCGAAAUUCUUAAAACACAAGUUAAUGCAAGAAGAAAAGGCAACAAAAUUUAAUUUAAACAAAUUGAAUCAUCAAUGGAGAAAUAUUAUGAGAGAGGCAAAAUCAAAAGAAUUGAAAAAAGAUAUUGAAAUACUUAGCCAAACAUUCGAACGAGUUGUCGAUAGAAAAGAAAGUGUUAUAAAAGCUUUGGCAAAAGAUCUGGAAGAGGCCGAUGAACAAUAUCUACUAGCUUUAAGAAAACAUUUGUCAAAUGUUGAUAAUCUAAUGGAUUUACAAUAUAAACGUAUAAACAAAUUGAGAGAAGAAUUUGAAGAUGAACAGAAAACACUGAUGACUGAGUUUGAUAGCGAAAGAUCCCUAAUUGAUACAGAAUUCAAUCAACAGAUGAGAGACUUAAACGAUAUACUAUUUGCAAUGGAAAUGAAUUUCAAUGAACAAGAGGAAUUUGCAAGGAACGAAUUCCAGUCUAAUAUGGAUGAAAUAAAGAACAGAAAUAUUGAAGAAACUCAUGCACUAAAAGCGCAAUUGGAUAGUGCUGGUAAAAAUCUCCUCGAUCAGAUGCACUUGGCCAUAAACAACUACAAAGAAACAACUGACGAAAGGAAGAAAGCAUUUGAAGAAUUGAAGAGAAAAGAUGAAAAUUCUGCAAGCGAAAUUGAUACACAAAUGAGAAAAAUACAAAGAAUAUCUGACUCAAUAGCUCAAUUAAAAGCAAAAAUGGCUGCAAAUGCAAAAGAAAGCGAAGAAGCAAAUAGGGAAUUGAAAGAGGAAAAGGAAAUUAUGGUCAGACAUUUUCAAAUUCUAAAGGGAAAAAUGAACGAAAUGAGAGGCAAUCAACACGAGCGUCUUAAAGAUUUGACCAUACAAAGUCAGGAUGCAAUUUCUAAGCUUAAAGAACAAUUAGCAAUGGGUGAAAAACUACUGAAGCAGGCUGAAAUUUGUAGAAAAUUAGAAACUGAGCAGGAAAAAGUUUUACCAUUCUACGCUUCAUCGUUGAACGAAGAAGAGAAAGAAGAUAUUGAAGAAGCCAUGAAAGAAGAAUUAAAUAACGAAUUUGCAGAAGUAUUCCGUCUCUAUCUUCCGUUAGAAGGAUUUUGGAAACGCUACAAUAAAUCUCUACUUGAUAAAUGUGCAUUAGAUAGAGAAAAGGCUGAUCUUUCUCUAGAGAAUCAACAAUUAAGAACUCUUUUGAAAUCAUAUCUUGAUGGUAUUUCGGUAAAUGAUGAAAUACUAUCAAACGUAAAUCCCUUAUUUGUUGUGAACCAUAAAUCAAAUGUAAAUAUGAAUGUACCAGUUAGAGACAACCGUGUUGCAAGAAAACCCCAUCAACAGCAAAUUAUCCAUUCAAAUAUGGGAGGAGGAGCAGGAGGACAAAUUCCAAAUUAGAUUCUUAAAUAAAUCUUAUAUUAUAAUAUAUCUAUUUAAAUAUUUUAAUAUUCAUAAUUUGAAAAAAUGAUAAUAAUACAAAUUUUGAAAAUUAUA